AACCCAAAUGUGUCCCGUGGUAUGACUUCUUCUUUUUUGUUUUCUUUUUUUUUUAAAUUCAAUUAUAGAGGAUUGGUUUGGUAUUUUCGAGUCCAAAAACAGGUCCGUUUUGGACGAUUUUUGGUGACGUAACCAUGCAAUUUUAUUUUGUCAAUUAGAUGGCGUAUUGUUCUACAACUUUUGAAGAAUAUUUGGUAUUGUUUUGAGCAACAUUCAUUGAAAAGUUAAUCCGUGGCGUCAAAUUUUGUUAGGCGUGUCGACGCAAAGGUACUUUUUACGGUGCGCAUCGUAGCAGCGUGAAGGGUCACCAGAAACAUACAAACCGAUACUCUUUUGAAAGAUUAUAAGAUUAUCUAGGUAGCAUCGUUGAGAUUUUGUUGAUAUUCCUAUUUUUCGAUUUUUGGUAGAUUAUUGAAGUUGAAAAAGUGAUGCUUUUGACGAUUUUGCCAUAAAAAACGAGCUUUACAUAAUUGUUAACAAAAAAGUAUCAACAAUUUUCAUGAUUUCUCUACGGGACUACCUAGCAAAAAGUGUACAGAUUAUGUGUUGAAAAUUUCAAAUCGAUCGGUCAAGUAGUUUUUACGGUACGAUCGCGAAAACGUUGGUUUUUUUUGGAAAAUGCUCUUCAAAGUAGCAAGCUGCAUGGAGCCUUGUAUGAAACAUGGAUUUUCAAAAAUCAGUAUCUUUGUCAGUUUUGCUUCGAUUGAUCCAAAAAUUGUACACAAUACUCUUGAAAGGAUCAGCUUUUAGGGAAAAAUGUUUAAAAACAUGUGUCACAAAACAAAAUUAAAUACCAAAGUCCCCCUUAAUAGAGGUUGGGUAUGACUUCUAAUAAAGCCUUAAAGACAGAGAGAGAAAGAAAAAACAAAAAAAAAAACCCCCAAAAGAGUCAGUGUUUGUGCGUGCGUCUGUAUGUGCAGUGAUGUGUACAUGUGUGGAUUGAAAGUCAAGCGAUCGUUUGGAGUGCUACAACGAACGGUCGAUCGGUCAGUCGGCAGUCAUGGUGUCUCUCAGUAAGCUGUUCGAUCGAGUGGCUCAGGGCCGAACCUGUCGUGACCUUUGGCAUCCCCAGUUCGAUAGCUGUGCGAGGUACAAUGUGCACCUCUGGCGAACGAUCAUGCCGGGUAGCUUCAAGCUGUACCUGCCGUUUUUGAUUCUACCACCGUUGGUAAAACUGAACGAGUUGACGUCGCGAUACCUGCUCGAACACACGCUACAAUAUGCUUACAUCUCGGUUUGCACCUACGUGCAGGCAUCUCUAUCGCUCUCGUCCCAGUGUGCCCUCUACAAUCUACUGAACCGCCUGAACUACUGGUGCAUUAUGUUUUGGCCCUGUCUCCUGGGGGUAGCAGUGGGGCCUCCGUUGCCAAAGACACUGCUCCGGCUACAGGCAAUCACCUUUUUCAACAUGGUAAGCAGGAUGGCGCUCCGGAUUCGUAGCAGUAGGAUUGCUACAGAAACGCAACUCUCUCUCGAUCGACAGGGCAUGGAAGCUGCUGUACGGAAAAGCACUUCACCGCUGCUCCAAGCAUUGCGGCGAUCCAAGGCGUUCGCCACGGCCAGCUUCAUGCUGUUCAGUGGCAUCAUCAUUACCUGUGCCAGCCAGGGUGUGGUGAAACAGUUAUGGCUAAUCAAUCCGGACGACGAGAACGGGAGGCGCAGGACUUGUGCGCAUUCUAAACCCUGCUGGCACCAUUUGCUGGACGGAAUGCUAAAGUAUGGCACGGUUGGCUUGAUCCUGGAGGCAGGACGGACUGUUUUGCGUAACUCCUCGCUGCUGCUGCUGAACGGUCGCCGGGUGUCCCAGUUUGGUCGGGCCAUGCUUGCCUCGUGGAAUCUUCGGCUUGGCAUGUUUCUCGCUUUCUAUAUUGGCCUCUACCGAAGCGUUAGUUGUGUGCUGCGGCGCAAGAACGCCACCGGAAGCCACACGUGCCACGCAGCCAUUGCGGGGUGUCUUGCCGGCAUAUCCUACUAUCUGUAUCCAACGUACCAGAUCUACACCCUCGCACUGACCAAAGCCAUCGAGUUCGGGUGGGAAUAUUACUAUACCGAGCGGUCCGGGGCGGGCCAUGCCGGGCUAACCGGUAUGCUGGCACUCCUGCACCGCCUGCCGAUGCUCCGUCUGGUGCAAAUGUUUUCGUUUGGCUACCUUGGACAUAUCUACGCCUUCUAUCCGCAUGUUUCACCCGUGUUCCACCAGAAGGCGAUGGACGUGUGCUCGGGUAAUCUUACCCUACACAUGAAAAAGCGUCUCUUGGCGUGGUUGGCCAAUGUUGGGCCGAACAUAUGCGCCGGGUAGCCGGGACGCCUAGCUAGAGGCAUAAAAGGUUUGUGUUCACGGACUUCAUGGUUAUUGGUGGGCAAAAGGGAACACAUAAUCCAUCAGCGGAUCGUCAGGUAAUGAACGGGUGAAUGUGUAACGGAAAGAUUGCGUUUUUUUCCCCCAUGUUGCAUGUGUUGUUGCAGAUUUUGUUUCCAUAAAACGACCAAUGUUCA